GUGACCUUGAGCUCCUAGAUAUCGUCGACGUGUUGGCAGUGGCAGUGGCAGUGGCCAGUGGUGGUCAGUUACAGUGGCAGUGGCAAUACAGCCGACGACAUGAAGGGUGCCGUCCCUUCAACAGAUCUUCCCACCACUGGAGCCCUCAGACAAUACGUUGCAGCAUGUUCAGCGUCCCUGAUGGUGAUGACGACGGGGUGUUGGCUAGGGUGGCCAUCGCCCGCCAUACCCAAGCUGGAACAUAACGAGACCUCCGUGAUAGUCAACAGCAACCAGAUCUCAUGGAUGGUCGCCCUCAUGGACGCCGGCUCUGCCGUCAGUCCGGUCCCUGCUGGCUUCCUCAUGGACAUCAUCGGACGCAAGGUGGUGCUGCUACUGGCUGGACUACUCUUCGCCUUGUCCUGGCUGAUGGCUCUCCUAGCUCACACCCCGAGCGUCCUCUACGUCGCCAGGUUCCUCGCCGGAGCCGGUAAAGGAGUUGCCUUCACCGUAGCGCCCAUGUACUUGGGCGAGAUAGCCAGCACGGGUAUCCGCGGCGCAGUGUCCACCAUGUUCGCAGGGCUGCUCUGGGCCGGCACCAUGUUCGAGUUCGGCAUCGGACCCAUGGUCGGAUACGACUCACUCAUCAUGAUGUCCCUGAGCGUCCCAGUGUUGUUCCUCGCCACGUUCAUCUUCAUGCCGGAAUCGCCCUACUACCUGGUCAUGAAGGGGAGAGACAAAGAUGCCAAAAAGGCGCUCCAGUGGUUACGAAACAGCCCAGACCAACCGGAGGAAAACGCUGCUACAAACCCCGUGAACGUGGAACUGAAACUGAUCCAGAACACGGUCAACGAGGAAAUGCAGGACAAGAGUAGUUUUGUCGACCUCGUGUCUUCCUACAGCAACAAGAGGGCGACGACCAUCGUAGUGAUCAUCUCAAUGUUCCAGCGGACCUGCGGGAUCAGCCCACUCCUAGCGUACUCUUCCACCACACUUCCCAAGACUGACUCUUUCAUAGGACCCUCUCAAAUCAUCGUCGUGUUCGGCUUGAUCUUGACAAUCUCCAACUUCCUGGCGACGCCUCUGGUGGACCGUCUGGGACGCAAGCCUCUGUUGAUCUUCUCCGGAGCCGGCUGCGGUGUGGCUACAGGCGUCUCCUCGCUGUUCUACUACCUGCAAGACAACACCACCGUGGACGUGAGCGGGUACGUGUGGGUCCCGUACGUCUGUAUCUGCGUGUUCGGUCUCACCCACUCUAUAGGUAUCGGAGUCAUCCCACACACCCUGCUGGCCGAGCUUUACCCGCAGAACGUCAAGUGCUACGCCGCCGCCGUCGCCGCCAUCACAUUCGCUCUGUCAUCCUUCGCCAUCAACAAGGUCUACGCCUCGGUGACCCACGAGGUCGGCGUGUUCGCGAUGUUCGCGUUUUUCUCACUCAACGGUCUCGUGUGCGCGUUGUUUUCCUACUUUGUGAUCUUCGAAACCAAAGGCAAGACUUUCGCGGAAAUCCAAAGCGUACUGAAGAAGGAGCGGUGAUUCGCUUCUGCAAAAAGCUGGACAUACCAAAGAUCUGACCACCUUACGUAUUUGUAAAGAAAACUCCUUAAUUUUGGGUUUUAAAUUAACCUAAUGAGAACAUUACUGUUGUAUUUUUCCAAUCAACUAACCAAAAAAUACUGUAUAGUCUUACUAACAAUUGUUCCUAGCCUAAAGGCAUGAGUACAAUGAACUGUAUUGUAUUGUAAAUAUAUAAAUCUUUAACUGUAUAUUAAAUUAAUAUAUUUUUAUUA